AGAAAUUUAGUUUAUACGACCUAUAAAAAUGGGUAAUACCUUGGGCUUCGGAAAUACAUUUAAUAAUGGCUUCAACUUGUAUUUUCAUCCUGAAGUUACGCCGGGCCCAUACGAGGAGCCGACGUUUGACCCAUUGAGUGGAUUCGAAAAGGGUCGCAAGAAAAGGGUAAUGAUCGCAACUGAAGAGGAAAUGAGAUCGGCGAAGAUACCACUUGAAUCUAGGGACUAUUGCGCCCACCUCUUGUUAAAAUUUAGAGAUUGUCGAAAAGAAAAUUGGCCAUUUCCAGUUAAAUGCCACCACGAAAAGCACGAGUACUUGAAUUGCCAAUAUGAUGACUUUGUUUUGCGAAUGAAGGAAUACGAAAGGGAAAGAAGAUUGAGAGUAAAAGCAUGUGCAGGUGCAUAAAAGUUAAUUAUCAGCCUUGUGUAGAUACCUCUUAUAGAAAAUUAAUUCUGGAUAUAUUAAUAUUUAAUAAAAAGUGAAUAAAAGUAAUUUUUUGUUUCAAA